GUGGAUAUUGCACACUCUGUGGUAUUCCUGAGCAACCGCUGUGCAGUCGUUGGGGAUGCAGUAGGUCUUCAUGCGGGAGGUACACUUUUUGAGAGCAGCGCCUCGACUUAGCUAGCUAGGUAUGUAUGUACGGCUGUGCGAAGAGUGUUGCUCAUCUCCUCAGGAGGAGCUGGUCGCCGCGGGUCAGCGGGCUCACCAUCUCGGAUCCUUUAUUCGGAAUCAUACAUGCACACUCACUCCGUACCAGUGUCCCAUGAUCAACGCCGCAACCGUGAGACCAGCCGCGUACAUACAGGCGGAUCCAUGCAUGUCAACGGCUCAGCCCAGAGGAAAGGCAUGGCUGGACGACGACGGAGGUCAGGGAAACGCAGUAAAUAAGCGACCCCCUUCCCACGGCGCUGCGCCGCCUCCGCUUGUUCCUUUAUUGCCCAUUUGCCGUUUCCCACCUCCUCUCGGCCUUGAAACAUGGCCAGCGCGUAUAUCAGAUGACGUUACCCAUCGAGUGGCCAACGUUCAUCCGCUCGGGGCCUCGAACCGGCCAAUGCUAGCCAGCCGCUUCAGCGCCGCAGAGCAAUGCGCAAACAACGUAACACAACAAACAGCUCAUGCCUCAUCGCUCUCGGGGUAUCAGAAUCUGACAACGCCGUCUCCCGUUAAGUCUGACUCCAACGAGACACAACUGGAAGUGGUGUGGCAUAGGCGCCACCCCCCGAGAGACUGGAUGAUCAGGUGCUAUAUGUGCAUGACGGGGGAACACAAGAGACAGAAGGCUUGUCAAGACCACAACCCGCCGCCCAGGCAGAUCGCACGAAGGAAGCCGUAUGUGGCUAGCCGCCGCAUUCUCACCAGGCCCUCUCCCGGCGCGGCUCCCGAGCGACCUGACUGUCCGACACAAUGCGUCCAGUGGCCCAGAAAUGUUCCAGCCACCGGACAGCCGCGUCGGAACAUGGCAUGGUAUCGUUGGACAACGAUGCGCCCCGUAAAAUGCAAGGCUAUACCUAGGUUGGUGAACGAAAACACCUGCGCCUGCCGCCGCAACCCGGUCGGUCCUGGGCGUUCAAACUGCCUGUCCUGUACUUCGGCCUGACCCAUCUGCAACCGCAUCCGUGGCGCCACGCGCCUGUUUGUGUGCAGGAGUCAUACUUGGGGUGCCGGGGAAAUAAAUAAUAAGCGAGCGCUGUUGAGGACGGGUGGCCCAGAUCCCGCGGUUGGCGGCGCAGCGACGGGUCAAGGACAAGGCAGGGGCAAGGCGGCCGCGGCGGUCGGCCUGUCGGGCGGUCCAACCUGUCGGCGCCUCACGGUGAGCACAGUGUCUAGUGUCCUUGGGUAACUUUGAAAUGUCAACGGCCAUUUACGGGAUGCAAACGCCCUC